AUGCCCAACCAACAGCCCUCCUCCCCCACGCCCUCCCUCCUCCUCACCAAGCGCCUAACCGCCUUCCUCAGCGCCAACCUCGGGCCCCAGGUACACACCGCAGUCCUAACGACUCUCUCCGGCAAGCUCCUCGCCCACGCGUCACCCCACUCCGUCGGCACCCUGCGCACCCAAUGCACCGUCGCCGCUUCCGUGUGGGCGCUGUAUUCGACGCCUGAGACCGUCGCCGAGGCCUUGCCCCAAUCUCAGACCACGUUCCCUCCCCCCCCGUCGCCAGCACCGCAUCCGAUGCCCAGCGCCGUGACGAUACAGCUCGUGGCCGGCGUCAUGGUUAUCCGACGGCUGCGCUGCGGCCUGCUGUUUGUGUGUAUUGGCCCGAGUGCGGGUGCCGAAGGGGCGGGAGGCGAUUACGUCACGCAUACCCCGGCGCGGACGGUGCCUCCCGCCCAGCAGCAGCAGCAGCAGGCGAAUCCAAGCGAGCGCGAGCCGCAUCCCGCGACGCCGCUUGGAUCGCCGUCGGAGGUUGCAAGCGUGGUCAGCGUCGGAGCUGCGACGACGGCGAGUAUCGCGACUACGACUAGCGUUGCGGCUACGGCGGUGGUGGCUACGCGGCGACAGGCGGAGGAGCUGGCGCGCUGGCUGGAUGAUAAGCUAGGCUCGUUGGGGACUCUUGAGGAGGGAUUGGGAGUCGAGACGAGAUAA